AUGGGUAAAGUUCGAUCAGCUCCAGGUGCGCCCCGUAAACAGGGCUUUAAUAAAUCUGGACAUUCGAUGAAUCCAGAUCGCCCUACUGAAGGUCUAAAAGGAGUAGGUAAACCCAGGACAAAAGGGACAAUCAAAAGAUUACAGAUGUAUCGUAAUUUUAAGGCGAAAAGAGACAAAACUGGAAAAAUUCUAACGCCCGCACCAUUUCAAGGCUGGUUACCAUCUGGUACUCAAGCGAGAGUUGAGCCAAAUCAAAAGUGGUUUGGAAAUUCGAGAGUAAUUUCACAGAGUGCACUACAAAAAUUCCAAGAAGAAUUUGGAGCUGCUGUUAAGAACCCAUAUAAGGUUAUUAUGAAGCCCACAAAUUUGCCAAUUACCUUGCUCAAUGAAAAAGCUAAGCACGCUAGAGUUCAUCUUCUAGAUACUGAAAGUUUUGACAAAACAUUUGGCCCUAAAAAGCAAAGAAAGCGAGUAAAUUUAAAAUUUAAUGAUAUUGAAAAUUUUUCUAAAGCUGUUGAAGAGAGUACUGAAAAAUAUGAUGAAACUAAAGAUGUUGAUAGAGUUCGUGAAGACACUGGCGUAAAAGAGGGACAAAGAGAUUGGGUGUUUGGUGCUGGUAUGAGUAAGAGAAUUUGGAAUGAAUUGUACAAAGUAGUUGAUUCAUCUGAUGUUCUUUUGCAAGUUCUUGAUGCUCGGGAUCCAAUGGGAACAAGAAGCCCCUAUGUUGAGAAGUUUUUAAAAGAGGAAAAGCCACAUAAACACCUAAUCUUCAUUUUAAAUAAAGUUGAUUUGGUUCCCAAUUGGGUAACACAGAGAUGGGUUGCAAUUUUAAGCUCAGAGUACCCAACCAUUGCAUUUCAUGCUUCAAUGACUCAUCCAUUUGGUAAAGGUUCACUUAUCAAUUUAUUACGUCAAUUUGCAAAGUUACAUAUUGAUAAAAAACAAAUAAGUGUUGGUUUAAUUGGAUAUCCUAAUGUUGGGAAAUCAUCUGUUAUUAAUACUUUAAGAGCUAAGAAAGUCUGCAAAGUAGCACCAAUUGCAGGAGAAACUAAAGUUUGGCAAUAUAUAACAUUAAUGCGAAGAAUAUUCUUAAUUGAUUGCCCUGGUGUUGUUUAUCCUUCUGCUGAAACAGAUACUGAGAAAGUUCUUAAAGGUGUUGUUAGAGUAGAAUUAGUACAAAAUCCAGAGGACUAUAUUGAAGAAGUUAUAAAAAGAGUGCGUAAAGAUUAUCUAAUAAAAACAUAUAAGGUUGAUGGGUGGGAAACUUCAACAGAAUUUUUAGAAAAACUUGCCGCAAGAACUGGUAAACUUUUGAAAAAAGGUGAACCUGACAUAGCUCAAGUGGCAAAGAUGGUUCUUAAUGACUGGCAAAGAGGUAAGUUACCUUUUUAUGUAGCACCAGAGGGAUUUGAAGUACCAUUGUCUAAGGAAAUUACAAAGCAAACAGCACCUAAUAAUGAUGAUAUCAAAGAACAGAACACUGUUCAAGAAAAUGAAGAAGCAGUUAAAGAAAAUGCAGAUCCAAAAGAAAAUGUAAAUACUUUAGAAAAACCAAACUUAAUUAUUAAUAAAUUGGUUAUAGCACAGGACUUUGCUAAAAUAAGAGUAGGCCUACCAUUUGAUAAUGAAGAGGAUGUCAAACCACUUCAAAAAAUAAAUAUUCCAGAUGAACUGAAGGAUAUAGACGAUGAAGAAAAUCAAGAUGAUGAAAAGGAAGAGGAGAAAGAAGAGGAGAAGAAAAAUGAAAGUGACACUGAAUCAGAUAUUAGUAACUUUUAUAGUGAUGAUGAUAAGGAAUGCAGUGAUGUAGAAGAUUAUUUGACUAAUGAUCCAGAAACAGUGAAAGAAAUGAAAAAAAAGAAAUUAGAAGUGGCUAGUGGUACUUUUACUGUAGAGGAAUUAUCACAAAAGUGCUUGAAACGUAAAGCUAGUGCAAACAUAAACACCAUAAAUAAAAUGACAGCAAAACAAAGGAGAGCUUUGGAAAGGUCUCAACGUCGAACUAAAACAGGAAGCAACUUCUAUGAAGUAUCCAAUAUGUCAUCAGGCAGUGACAGCGAUGAAGACUAUGUACCAAAAGAACCUGAGAAACUGUCUGAAGAAGACUCAGCAGAUGAGGAAACCGAAGUACAAUAUGAAAAUGAAAUAGAGCAAAAGAGUAAAAAACGUAAAGCUGUUCCAAAGAAGUGUAAAACGAAAAAGAGGGCUACGAAUGGUCUUAAGGAGAGUGAAGACAAUGAAAAAGUUGAAAUGCCUGAUGAAACAAAAGACCCUGAAGAAGAAAAGAAACGAGAGGAAGAUCUUUGGGCUAAGUUUUUAGAGGGAACUGACACAAAACCAAAAUCUAGUAUAAAAGAUUCACAUAGUGAAACUAAACCUACCCAUUCUAGUGCAGAAUGUGAUAAAGGAAUGUCAUUAUCAAAAAAUUCUAAGCUGGAUAUUGAAAGUGAUAAGGAAAGAGAAAGGAGAAUUUUUGAAUUUGCAGGUGAAACUAUUAUUGUGGAAAACAAUGUUAUAAAAGAAAAAAUUAAACCUAAUGAGAGUUCACCUUCAGUGAGUAAAGAUAUUCUUUCACGAAGUCGCGGAUCUGGUGGCUUAUCAAAUGUUUUGGGUCAGUUGAAUAAAAAGAACAAGCUCUCAACCCUUGAAAAAUCGAAGCUUGAUUGGAAUACAUAUAAAAAAGUGGAAGAUAUUGAAGAUGAAAUUCAAAGUCACAAUAAAGGAAAGCAAGGAUAUCUGGAACGUCAAGAUUUCCUAGCACGCGCAGAUGUCCGUCAGUAUGAAAUUGAACGAGAUUUAAGAAUGAGCAAAAGGGGCAACCGAUGA